CAUACAUAAUAACAAAAAAUAAGAGAGGAAAAUGGGUCGUCGAAAGAUUGAAAUGAAGAAAAUAGAGAAAAGCUCAUCAAGGUUGGUUACUUUUUCCAAGCGUCGAUCAGGCGUUUUUAAGAAAGCAAAUGAGCUUUCUACCUUGUGUGGAGCAGAGAUUGCAAUUCUUGUCUUUUCUCCCGGAGGAAAACCCUUUUCAUUUGGGAAACCAAAUAUUGAAACUGUGGUUAAUCGAUUUCAAAAUAGAAAUCAGAAACGAGGUAGAAGCCAUAAAAAUGGAUCUCGUGCAUCGAACAAGAAGACUCAGAAUCGAGUUCAAAAGCUCAACCAUGAACUCAUCAAUUUGGAUGCUCAAAUCGAGUCUGAAACUCAAAAAAAUGAGAAAUUUAACCAAUGGGGAAACAAUUGUUUGUUUGAGGGAAAACAACCAAUUGAAAAACUUGACUUAAAUCACCUGAAAAUAUUUCAGAGGCAACUAAAUGAUUUUUGCACCAAUUCAAAUAGCCAGGUGAUGGAAUAUGAAGCAUCGCAAUCCUUAUUGCUUUUGGCAAAUAUGGAGUAAUUCAAUUCAAAAAGAUUAGCAAAAACUUGGUUACUAAAUUAAAUAAUAUCUUAUUUCAAUAGAAGCCAUAAAGACGAUGGUCAAUAAAGUUAUUUAAAUGUUUGUUGUUUUUCCUUUGAAUAGUAAUAUUGUAAUCUUAAUUUUCAUGAAAUCAUAAUAAA